GUUCAGUCAGUUGGUCGUCGACCGCCGAGCGCUCCGCACGCGAUCUCCUCUCCUAUAGCAUCCGAAACUCGCUCACAUGGACAACUUUGAAAUCGUAGAAUUCAACUCUUUGAGUGAAACCGUACAGAGUUUAAUAAAGGAUGCCGUAGAAAUCCGAAAAAAGGCCUACUGUCCAUACUCCAACUUCGCCGUGGGCGCCGCCAUUCUCACCGAGAAAGACUCCAAGGUCUACACGGGAUGCAACGUCGAGAACGCAGCCCUAGCUCCGACGAUAUGCGCGGAGCGGGCAGCCCUACCCAAAGCAGUUGCAGAUGGCUACACGAAUUUCAAGAUGGUGGCUGUGGUUGCUCACCAACAGAACUUCACGGCCCCUUGCGGCUUCUGCAGGCAGUCGCUCAGCGAGUUCGUCUCGACGGACGGUGAUACUGACGUUUAUCUUAGCAAGCCGACCAUGGAUAAAGUUUUAUCCACCAAGUUGUCAAAACUACUACCGCUUUCGUUUGUCAACUUCCAAAAAGACAAUGUAAUCACGUAGACUAGUGUUAGUGGUAGUGGUAGGGUGUGAGUGACGAUGUCGUCGAUUAGUUAAAGCUGGAGGCCCACUGCGGCGCACACGCUACGCGCGGACGUGACUAUAAGGAGCGUCCAAAUAAGAUGAAUGCGCAGCUAACGCUAACUUUUAUUAAAGGAUCGGGAUCGCUAACUGCCCGUGUGCAAUUGAGCAACAGUGGGCAUCCGGAUUUAGGCCUCCAUAGACAAUCAACUUUAUUACAGUCCAUGGGUCUAUGGGCGGCUUAAAAGAGUGGGACUUUGAGUACAUUCAAUUAAAGAUAUCAGGCCAAACCUGCAAACAAACUUCUAUGUACAUACGGAUUACGG